CUGCGGUGUGCGUCUCAGACCGGCCGGGAAGGUACCCAUCUGGUGUGUGGAUCUGCUUGGAAAGGAGCUUCCAGGGUUUGUGUUUCUCUCUGUUCCUCACAGAAAGUAACCAGAGCGCGGAUUGGAGCAGCUGCAGCAUUGGCCAAAUCUGGAGAGCGAUAGCUAUGUCUUCCAGCUCAGCAAUGGUACGGAUCCUGAUAAAGGGUGGAAAGGUGGUGAACGACGACUGCACCCAGGAGGCCGACGUCUACAUCGAGAAUGGCAUCAUCCAGCAGGUCGGGAAGGAGCUGAUGAUCCCCGGAGGAGCCAAAGUGAUCGAUGCCUCAGGGAAGCUGGUGCUUCCUGGGGGGAUCGACACCAGCGUCCACCUGGAGGAGACCUUCAUGAACGCCGUCAGCGCAGACGACUACUACAGUGGCACCAAGGCUGCUUUAGCUGGCGGUACAACAAUGGUGAUUGGACAUGUCCUUCCAGAGAAGAAUGAGUCUUUGCUGGAAGCCUAUGAGAAAUGUCGCAGCAUGGCAGACCCGAAAUCCUGCUGUGACUACUCCCUCCAUGUAGGAGUUACAUGGUGGGGACCCAAGGUGCGAGAUGAGAUGGAGAAGCUUGUCAGAGAGAAAGGAGUGAACUCUUUCCAGAUGUUCAUGGCCUACAAGGAGUCGUUCAUGCUGAGGGACAGCGAGCUCUUCCAGGCUUUGCAGCACUGCAAGGACAUCGGGGCCAUUGCAAGGGUCCAUGCUGAGAAUGGGGAGCUGGUGGCAGAGGGUGCAAAAGAAGCUUUAGACCUUGGCAUCAGUGGCCCUGAGGGUAUUGAAAUCAGUCGGCCUGAAGAGCUGGAAGCAGAAGCGACACACAGGGCAAUUACAAUCGCAAACAGGGCCCACUGCCCAAUCUAUCUUGUCAAUGUGUCCAGCAUGUCUGCAGGAGAUGUGGUGGCUUCAGCUAAAAUGCAAGGUAAGGUUGUUCACGGAGAGACAACCACAGCCCAUGCUGUCCUCAACGGCAUGCAGUACUAUCACCAGGACUGGUCCCACGCAGCUGCCCAUGUCACUGUGCCUCCUCUCCGCCUGGACCCCAGUACUCCAAACUUCCUUAUGAGUCUGCUGGGAAAUGAUACUCUCAAUGUCCUGGCAUCCGAUCACCGUCCAUUCACAGUGAAACAGAGAGCAAUGGGCAAGGAUGAUUUCACAAAGAUUCCUCACGGCCUUCCAGGCAUUCAGGACCGUAUGAGCGUCAUCUGGGAGAGAGGAGUGGUUGGUGGCAAAAUGGAUGAAAAUCGUUUUGUUGCCGUCACAAGCUCUAAUGCUGCUAAGAUCUACAACCUGUACCCCCGGAAAGGCAGGAUCAUCCCUGGAGCGGAUGCUGAUGUGGUGGUCUGGGACCCUGAGGGAUCUAAGACCAUUUCAGUGGAUAAUCAGUUCCAGGGAGGUGAUGUAAACCUGUACGAAGGCCUCCGUUGCCGUGGUGUGCCCCUGGUCACCAUCAGCCGUGGACGUCUGGUCUAUGAAAAUGGAAUGUUCACAUGUGCUGAAGGCUCUGGGAAGUUUUGCCCCUUGAGGACUUUCCCAGAUUACCUUUACAAGAAGAUGGUUCAAAGAGAAAAGAGCCAGGCGGUGAAAGCUGUUGAGCGGGAACCCUACAACGGUGACGUCGUUGCUGUGGUGAAUUCAGGAAAGAGAGACACUGGCUCUUCAGAUUUGGACACACCGACGCGCCCCUGCACCCGUCAUGGGGGUGUGAGGGACCUCCAUGAGUCUAGCUUCAGCCUUUCUGGUGCUCAGAUUGACGACAACAUUCCAAAGAGAUCCUCAGCUCGGAUCCUGGCUCCACCCGGAGGAAGAUCCAGUGGAAUCUGGUAACCAGUUAGCUGGAAUGUACCCCAAGGAAAAGAAGAGACAGAGCAAGAAGACUCAACUUUCUUUUAGAAAAUUUGAUUAUGUAUGGAUUGAUAGAACCAUGCUUUUGGUUUUUUUUGUACCUUGAAGUCUCAUUUACAACGGUUUGUAAAACUGCAACACUUUGUCAUAUAAAUUUACUCAAUCUGGAAACAAUUAUGUGGUAACUGCUACCAAAAUGUAGUCACGAUGUAACCAAAUAUGAAAGCAGCUUAGAAAAUGAGUUCCAUGUUUGUUUCUUCAUUAUCAUGUUCGGGGAAAGCACUGUAUCUUAUAGCUAAGGAGACAUUGUUUUAAUGAUGCAAUUGUGUUACCUCACUGUAAGAUACAAUUUUUUGCACUUGUGUCACGUACUAUUUAGAUGCCUUUUUACGUCACCUAAUGUUAUGAGAUCAUUUUUGCUGCAGGCCUUGGUGGAUAUAAUGUAACUUUUGUUGACACGACGCUGAUAUGUAUUAAACAGGUUGUUGUUUUGAUGAUUUGAAGGAAGAACGUUCACUAAGCUUUGCUUUUUAAUUUGUAUAUAUUUUUAUGUUUAUGUUUGCUUUGUAUUUGGAUCAAAAGGAUGAGGGACUUCUGUGUUUAAAAUUCCUACUUCAGUUUAUGUUUACAGCUAUACAGCAGGUUUGACUUCUUUUUCAACCCCACUAAAUGUGAAUGAACCUCUGCUGUGACCCUUGUUUAUAGUAUGACUGCAGUUGUGUCAAGCACAAUUAGUUAUUAUGUUACCCUGCAUUCUUUAUACCCAGAAUUAUUUCAACACUGAUCAAAAUAAUCUCACCCAAACUGCCUUUUUAACACCUGACAACACUAAACUCAUAAAAAAACGUGUCGUUCACCGUAAUUUCUGUCACAGUUCCUUAAGGAUGCAGCACAGAUGCUCCAGCGAGAACUCCAGCCUAAAUUCACCACUGUGAAAUAUGUGGCACAGUUGAGGUGUUAGGAAGUCAAUGCUAAGUUUUACAUGGGAUCCAAUGCCUUCAGAUGUUAAAAGUAUGUAUUGUUUAGUUAGAACAGAAAACACAUUAGUACUUUGUUAAAUUUUCCUACUAUUUGUAAAUUUUACGUCUAAAGUACUAUGUGAUGAAUUCUCCUAGUUUCUGAUUGUAUUGCUGUUUCUGGAAGCUGGAAUCCACACAGAUUAUUGCUCUUUCAUUUCUGUUUCUUGGUGUGUAAUGCUCCAGUGGAUCUAGCAGCGUCUUUCCCCUCCCCAAACAUACUGUACACUGGUGCUGAACGAUGUGUUGUCACAUUAAAUUCCUCUUUCUCCUGUUUUUAUCUUGCAGCUCUUUAUCACAUGAUUUAAGUACAAAUAAACCACA